UACAUUGUGCUGUACAGUCCUACGCAGCAUGCUGUGACAGCGCACUGCAUUAUUGAAACGGCUGAAGAAAUGCAUAUGUAGCCUAGUUUAGACUAUGCACUUGUUUUGUGUACAGAUACGACGGCGAGGUUGGGGCAACCUGACACACAUGAGCAUUAAUAGCCAUGUUUACCUGUACUAGUUGAGAGCCAAGGUUGAAGUCAUUCAUGUGUGAAAAAUGUUGUCGAGGCAUCUGUACAUCUUCUUUGUCGAAUUGCAUUAUUAAAGUACAUCAAGAUGAGACAUCAUAUACAUUCAUAUAUAUUUGUUGAGCACGAAACCUUGAAGUGUAGCCAGGACAUUUCCAAGAAACUAAGGGCGGCCAUGUAGCUUCAACAUCUUAUAAAUUAUAUCACUGAACAUAGGUCAAGGUGUAUUCAGUAAACAAAGAUCUGAAGGGCUGCAUUUCCUUCAUCGAACACACUAUGCGUUCAUCACAGUUUGUGACGGAUUGCGGAUACGAACGAACUAGCACUUGUUUGGCAGAUUAUGCCGUUAUCUUUACUGAUGGUGAGACUGAUCAGUUUUAUUAUCCGAUUGGAAACACUCGAUCUGUGGAUGUUACCCAUGGAUGCCAGGUUGCUGAGGAGUGCGACAUCCUGCUGCUAGGAUGUGGGGACAUCAGGCACGUCCUUCACACAAUGCACGUACUACAUCAAGAUGGUACGACAAAAACAAAGAACCAGACAAUAAACUUUCACGUCAAUGACAUCGAAGAAGGUAUCUUGGCGCGGGAUUUGGUUUUACUCUUCCUAGCUCGAACCAUUAAUCCAACAAAUACUGAAGAAUUGAAGACUCUGUGGGCUGUUUGGUACGAUGUGUUAUUGUCCUCGACACACCUACAGAAGCUGAAAGAGGUGAUGGAAGAAUUAUCAGGACUCAAAUCAGGCAGUAAUGGUAUAUAUUUUGGAAAUGGAAAGACAGAACUGAAAAUCAAACAGGCUCUCCGGUCUUGGUUGGGAGUUAAAAUCUCAGCUAGACAGACUAUCGAUAAACGAACCGAUUUUCUUACCAAGAUGAAUAUGAAUGACUUCCCUGAAAGAGCGGUACUGAGAGUUUCCUCCCGGCUGGUGGACCAAAGCAAGCGCUUGGAUUUGACACAACGUUUGAAAGACAGAUAUCAACAAGAAGUUCGUGAAUACAUCACAAGUGGCGUUUCUAGGGUUAAUUCGUCAGCACUGACCUCUCAAACAAUACUGGAUCGUUUCCAUGGCAACGUAACAUUUUUCAGACCAGGACGUGAUAAUUGGAGAGUUGAGGACAACAGCUGCCCUUUUAUGUGUUAUGACGUGGAACUUCAGCUUGACAGAUACAAUGGUGGAGAUGUCACAAUGUGCUCUUUAUUUAUUGAACUAUUGAGGAAAUGGGUGAAGAGCUACCAAGCAGCAAUAAAGACUGGAUGUACUACCAGGAUCUACCUGUGGCUGGGUGAUGCAACAGAAGUUUGUGACACAGACCUUCCAGACAAUCUCUUGUUUGACUUCAUCGACACAUCGAACAUUGCCGAUAGAGUUGGCCUGAUUCCAUUGCUGGUCAAUUGUCAACAGAGACUCAAACAGCCAAAUGGUGUUCUGAGGACAGAGACCUUUCAUUGGAACAAAGGCAGCUGUACCACAUUGGAAUCUUUUUUGCGUCUGUGCUUGGAUGUUCCUCAGUUGAUGUAUCCAACCCUGUUCGGUCUCCACCUUGCUGAAGAACUCACGCUUGGUCAUGAGAAUAUCCUUGUAGACGGGUCUUUUGUUGGAGUAACAAAGUUAGCCUUGAGAUGGAAGGCAAGCAGGGAACAGGAACUGUUGACGCUGUAUGCAGAUGGAGGAGAUGCCCUGUCGAAAUGUCUUGCACAGCUAAAAAGUAGAAAAGAGGUGCUGGACGUCAGUGAUUCUCGUGAUUAUGACACGACUACAAUCGACAGUAAAUCAAAGGACAGAUUGAUGCAUCGACUGACAAGGAUCACCACAGGUGAAGCAACUGAAGAUUCAAACACUUCAGGAAACACGUUCACUGUAGUUGAGGACAUCGAUCACUACAAGGUAACCAUUAAAACCGAUCCAGAGUUUCUGAAGGAUGGAAUCUUCACAACUGACAAUGAGAGAAGAGAUCCAUAUGUUGUGGUGCUGAAGAACACUCGAAAUGGGUCCACAAGCUUUAGUAAGACACUUCGGUUUGCGUGCGGUAUCUGUAUCAACACCAGCAGCAUCAAACUGUCCAGGAAGAGAGGAACAGUUGAAGCUCACCUUGUAAAGGAUCCCGGUUUCACUCUCGGUGACAGACUUUUACCGUGGAAGAAACUUGACAAGGACUUCAUUGGGAAUCUUCCGGAUCUUCCCCGGUCAGAUUUCGGAAAGGAAAUAAUUAUGUGUUAUGUGUCAUGCAUGCACCUGAAACCUCUUACUGAUUUGGAAACCGCCACAUCAGUGCAACAGUUGCAGUCCAUAGUAGGAUACCUUAUGAAAACUGCUCCAUUUUCAUUUGGCGUACCAACGGACGUGGCCAUCAGAGUUCCAAGUAAGCCAGAUACUUUAACCAGAGUCAAAAACAGAUUUUGUCUGGAGGGUCUGAAGAUAUAUGAAAAUAUACCAACGAUGUUUUUGACAUUCUUAGAUGUGGAUAAACUAGACCAGCUUUUUGCACAAGGUAAAAUCAGCAGGGAAGAUAUCUUACCCUUCCCUUCAGUGACCAUGGGUUGUAUGGAAUUGGAUUCACAGUCUGCAAAAUACUUGGCUCCGGGGUAUUCGUUACUGAUGCAAAUUCUGGAAUUGAACUCUCAUCGGAGAGCCCAAGACCACUGUCAAGACCCAGACGAGAGAUGGGUGAUGAGAACAUUCCUGAGAGCAAGAUACCCGUAUAUGGAUUUUCAGACUUACAACAUGAGUCUGUCGGGAAUUUCACAAGAGGAUUUCAUGAGAACGUUCACAGAAAUGGCAAAUAACGUUUUUGGUGGAAAUUACGCUUCCAGGAACCAGGGUAAUCCUGCAACACCCCAGGCAGCUAGUCCCUCCACCCAAUCUUGUGACACUUGUGGCAGGACAUCCGCAGAUUGCAAGAAAUGCACGGGAUGUCAACUUGUGUCUUACUGUGACAGGAAAUGUCAGAGGAAGGCGUGGCCUUUCCACAAACUUACCUGCAGGCGUGCGUAAUGUCAUUGCAACAAACAUACAACGACCUCGCCGAGUAUUAGAGAUAGGUGUUGUUUCUUUGUUAAAUGGAACUAUCCUCAUUAUGACAAACAUUACAUGUUCGGCACAGUAAAAAAAAAGUUAAUUAACAUUAUUGAUAUUCAUAUGAGUGAGUUUUGAUAACUGACAAAUGAUGUUAUUCUAUAUAGUAUCUCCCUUCAGCAUAUCAGUCUCAUGCACAUACUCGACUGACCCGUGAAGAUCCUUCUAUGCUUGUCGUAAAGGGCGACUAACGGGAUCGGGUUUUCAGGCUCGCUGAGUCAAAUUGAUGCAUGUCAUGGAUCCCAAUUGUGUAAAUCGAUGCUCAUGGUGUCAAUCACUGG